AUGAGCUUCUCAGCAAGACGAGUUUCGACCCUCAGGUCGGCCCUGCACGCGAGCCAAGAUGGUCGCCGCUUCUCCAUCCAUCCUGAAGAUGAAAACGUCUCUGCUCCGCACCGAACCCUCCGGGACCACCCAAGUCACAAGCCACAUGCUGCGCUUGACAGCUCAAGAGCUUCGACUGGUGUCAUAUGGACCACCGAACAAGCAGCGCGCCAUGGCUUUCUCGAGGAGCCGCAGAAGUGGGCCAAUCUAGGUCAAGGUGCGCCUGAAGUCGACGAUGAUAUUGACGGCUGUUUUCCUCGCCCAACUUCGAUCCCACUGACCAACCAUGGACGAGAAUAUGGGCCAACGGCUGGCAUCAAGCCUCUUCGAGCCGCCGUUGCAAAGUUAUAUAAUGACAACUACCGCCAGGGCAAAGAGAGCCAGUACUCGUGGGAGAAUGUGUGCAUUGUGCCAGGAGGAAGAGCAGGUUUGAUCAGAAUCGCUGCUGUAUUGGGCAAUGCGUAUCUCGGCUUUUUCAUUCCCGAUUAUACGGCCUACAACGAGAUGUUGUCGCUAUUUCGCAACUUCGUUGCUAUACCCACGCCUCUCUCUGCUGCUGACGGGUACCAUAUCCAUGCCGACAAAAUCGCCGACGAGCUGGCGCGCGGUACCAGUGUCAUCUUAACCUCGAAUCCUCGUAACCCAACCGGCCAUGCUUUGGUUCCCGAAGAGCUCGCCCUGAUCCAAGAUAUUUGCCGGGACAGAGCAACAUUGAUCUUUGAUGAGUUUUACGCUGGUUACAGAUACGACUCCAACUGCGAUGGGAGCACCAUCUCUGCUGCGUCUAAUGUUAUUGACGUUGAUCGGGACGACGUGAUCUUAAUUGACGGUCUCACAAAACGCUUCAGACUCCCAGGCUGGCGCGUCGCUUGGAUUGUUGGUCCGAAGGAAUUUAUCAAGGCGCUCAGCUCAAGUGGAAGCUAUCUCGAUGGUGGCUGCAAUGUACCAUUUCAAGAGGCUGCCGUUCCGAUGCUCGAUCCUCCGAAAGUCAAAGCUGAAAUGAAAGCCCUUCAAAGUCACUUCAAGAUGAAACGAGACUACGUCCUGAAGAGACUCGAAGAAAUCGGAUUCAGAUGGGGCGACCAGAACAUUCCGCAGUCGACCUUUUACAUAUGGUUGGAUUUGGCGUCGCUGGAACCUCCCUUGCCAAAGAACAGCCCGAUUGACAUCUCUAACGGACUGUCAUUCUUUGACGCACUGCUCCAAGAGCGAACUAUCGUAGUCCCGGGAAUCUUCUUCGACCUCAACCCAGCCAAGCGACGCGAUCUCUUCGAUAGUCCUUGCCAUCACUUCGUUCGUAUUAGCUAUGGUCCCAAGAUGGAACAGCUGAAGAUGGGGAUGGACGGAAUUGAGAGAGUGGUCAAGCGUGCGAGAGGAGAGUUCGGAGAAUUUGACACCGCUAUUCACGAUGAGCCUGAGAGCAAGAGCCCUGGCAGCCCGAUUCAAUUCUGGAAAGGUCAGGGUCAGGGCGAACGCUUUCAAUGA